UACUCUUCAUAUAAAUUCUAUAAAUAGGAGUUUAUAUGACAUACAUGAUGGAUGAGAAAAAGAGAUUAUCAUAUAACUUGCUUAUUUUGAGAGAAUUUAUCUAUAGUAUUUUCUCUUAAUUGGGUUUACAAACACUUGUUCAUAAACUUCUUGUAGAUUGAUUUUGAUAAACAACCAAAAUCAAUUGUCUCUUCUUUGUAUCCCAAUAGUUAUAUCGUGUUAACCCUGUUGCUUUGUAGAUGAUCGAUAAUAAACUAUUAGGAAAGCGGCUAUGAUAUGUGCCUAGAAGAAAUAUCCGGUCCCUCUUGCUAAAUUUUGUUCUAACAUGUUCUUCAUUUUCUUGAUUCAGGUUGGAAGUUCAUCGCAAGGAGGAGGUUUGGGAAGCAAAUGGGCUCAACUUGGUCGUCAGCUGCAAGGGACCAGGAUUAGUUCGUCUCUUUAGUCGGCUCAGAGCAGGAUACCUGGAAUCAAAAUUUCCAUCCAGCCGUUACAGCAGUUAGAGUUUCACAUUACCAUUGGGUUUGCUAAAACGUUUGAGCGAUUAUAUGGUAUUGAUCGUGAUUGUUCCAUGAGCAUUAAUUUGAAGAACUACUACAUUCAUUGGCUUGCCCUUCACCCCGAACCGUCAACUGACCUUCAGCUACCAUAUGAUGGCGAGAUUCCUCCUGAAGAUCCAGAGUUAUACAAUGAAUUGAGCCUCAGAUGGGCAUCGUUUACAGAUUCAUCAGUUUCUGAAUGGAGAAAGGAGCGUUGGGAUCGUCAUGGCAUAAAGAAUCCAAUAUAUGAUCAAUAUUUCUACUUCCAUAAUGCCUGCAAAAUCCAUGAGUUCGUCGACAUUAAAAACAAAAUGGAUGAAAUUGGGCAGUACCUGAGGUGUCAUUGUGUCUCGCACGCUGGAUCCGACUGGCGAGAAGACAAAGCCAGCACCUUGACUAGUCAGCUGACUACAAGGCUAGGCUUUACACCGCAGCUCAUUGGUAGAUUGGUGAAGGGCCGAUGGUGCCUAUACGAAUGGAAGUUCAAGCUAUCAUCAGCGCUUGAACUAUCAAGCUUCCCCUAUAAGAAAAGGCAUAUCGGAGGCUUCUCGGAUGAUGUAAUACAUCUUAUUUUAGAUGAUUACUGGAAUUUGACAGAUGCCAAGAGUAUUUGAUGAUGACGCUCAACGCUUCUCAUAACAAUUACUGCCUAUUAUUUCGCCCAUAACAUGACCAGCUUCUGCUGCCAAACAAUUGCGGCAUCACUAAGAAUGCAAUCAUGUGCUCCUUAACAUGUGCUGCCAAGCAACUCCAUUUGAGUGACCUUGCUGCAAGUUAAAACUUGUAUUGGUUUGCAAAUCUGUAUAUAUGUGCUCCUUAAUUGUCAUGCCAUUUGCUGAAUAGAACAGGAGAGUACUGGUUUGCAAAUCUGUAUAUAUGUGCUCCUUAAACACCAGCAUUACUGCUUCUGGUACGGGCAGUACUGAUGCUACUUGGGUUUGCCCCCUAAUGGAGUUGUGAAAGUGAAUACCACCCCUACCACUAUUUCGACCAGUUUUUCGGCCAAUUUUUGAGUCAAGAUUUUAAAAUAAAAAAAUGAAACUACAAAAAAAUGAAUGCUUUUCUCCACCCAGUAACUAAAUACUCUCUACAAGUCUUGAUUAUAAAUUAGAAUGCAAACUAUCGGAUUGGAAAUCAAUAUCAAUCAUAGUUUAACAUGGCAAUCACAACUUUAAAAUGAGUUAAACAUCACAUAAUAUCACCAAGUAGCAGAUUUAAACCCACUUGAUAUAAUAUUAUAGUUGCUUACUUCCCUUUUCCCAUAAUUUGCAUAAAAUGCAGCAAGCUUAGUGCUCAAAUAUGCACUUCAAUGAAGGACAUUAGAAUAUAAUGUUCGAAAAAGAAGAACUUUGCCUGCUUUUGCGGAUUUGGAGUUGGUGGGAGAUUAUGGGACCGCUUAAUGUUAGAAUUGAUCGUUGUUGACAUGGAGGAAAUAGAUACGCCCAGAUUUAGCUCUUUAAUCUUUUUAGAUCUACUCUUUUAGGCUUUGUACUAAUACUUUUGUGCUAGAUCAGGUGAAAAUGAGGUUGGAAUUUACGAUCUAUUUUCGACCACCACCUCGGUUGGGGGAGAAGUAAGCUUAUCCUUAACUCUCUCACUUGCUUGUCCCUAAAACUUAGCCGACUAAUGCUUCAAGGUCAGGUUGGUUCCCCAAUCCUUCUAGCGCCAAUUGUUUUGGGUGUACUCCGAUGGGAAUAUCCUAACCAUUAACUGCACGGCUGGAGUCUCAGGCUGCCUGUUGGGGUCUCGAGCUGGACUGCGGAAACUCCGUCAGCACCACUGGAAGACCUACUAGAGAGAGAACGUAAACUGCCCUCGGGGGUGGUUUUGAGGAACCCCCCUCCGAUGGAUAACUAAGUGUUUGCCUUUUAGGAGAGUAUAAAGCUUAAUAUACUUAGAGAGAGAGGGAGAGAUAUUGAUCAACCCCCUUUAUGUGGCAUAUGUGGGGGUAUUUAUAGUGUAUGAUAACCCUUAUUUCAGUGGUCAGCCCGUGGCCGACUUAUUCU